UCAGGACGUGCGCGCCCCCGCAGGUUUGCAGCACUCUGCUCAAGAUGGCAGCCAGCAUGUACAGAGCCGGGAGCGCCGCUGGGAAAGCCUUGGCCAGGGCCCGGAGGCCUGCCCUUGUGAGCCUGCGGAGGAGCCAGGGCACCAUGUCCUACGCCCAGACUCUGGUCAGCAUUCCCGAGACCAAGGUGACCACGCUGGAGAAUGGGCUGAGGGUGGCCUCCGAGGACUCGGACCAGCCCACCUGCACGGUUGGGUUGUGGAUUGAUGUUGGCAGCCGCUAUGAAACUGAGAAGAACAAUGGGUGUGGAUACUUCCUCGAGCACAUGGCCUUCAAGGGCACGAAGCAGCGCACCCAGGCCACUCUGGAGAAGGAGGUGGAGAGCAUGGGCGCGCAUUUAAACGCCUACACGUCCCGAGAGCAGACAGCCUACUACAUGAAGGCCAUGGCCAGCGACCUGCCCAAAGCUGUAGCGAUCCUGGCUGACGUUGUUCAGAACAGCUCCCUGGGUGACUCCGAGGUGGAGAGGGAGCGGGAUGUGAUCCUGAGAGAGAUGCAGGAGAUCGAGUCCUGCUUGCAGGAUGUCUGCUUUGACUACCUCCACGCCACAGCCUUCCAGGGGACCCCUCUGAGCCACACCAUCCUGGGGCCCACCGACAACGCCAAAUCCCUGACCCGCAAGGAUUUGGUUGAGUACAUCAACACCCAUUACAAGGCUCCCCGCAUGGUCCUGGCUGCAGCUGGAGGUGUGAACCACAAUGAUCUGGUGAGCCUGGCCAGGCAGCACUUCAGCGGCGUGUCCUUUGAGUACGAGGGUGAUGCCAUCCCAGUGCUGGCUCCCUGCCGCUUCACCGGGAGUGAUAUCCGAGUUCGUGACGAUGCCCUCCCCCUGGCUCACGUUGCCAUCGCAGUGGAAGGAGCUCGCUGGGCCAGUCCUGACAUCAUCCCUCUGAUGCUUGCCAGCACCAUGAUUGGAAGCUACGACGUCACCCACGGAGGGGGCAAGAACCUCAGCAGUACCCUGGCACGCCUCUCCGCGGAGGACAAGCUGUGCCACAGCUUCCAGUCUUUCAACACCUGCUACUCCGACACGGGGCUGUUCGGCAUACACUUCAUCACAGACAAGCACAACGUGGAGGACAUGCUGCACUUUGCCCAGCGGGAGUGGAUGCUGCUGUGCACCAGUGUGACUGAGAGUGAUGUGGUGAGAGCGAAGAACGCUCUGAAAACCAGCCUCACCGCUCAGCUCGACGGAACCACCCCCGCAUGUGAGGACAUCGGGCGCCACAUCCUCAGCUAUGGGCGCAGAAUCUCAUUGGCUGAGUGGGACGCAAGGAUUGACGCAAUUGAUGCUAAAACCGUUCGUGACAUUUGCUCCAAAUAUAUCUAUGACAAGUGUCCCGCAGUGGCUGCUGUGGGUCCAAUCGAACAGCUGCCUGACUACAACCGGAUCCGCAGCGCCAUGUACUGGCUGCGCUUCUAGGUCCAUUCCCCUCUCCUUCCCUGUUCUCUCCAUGUACAGUAAAAACAGUGUGGAAAAACUCGCCAGCUAUACACGGGCCUGUAUAAACAGCUCUCUCCAUCUAUACACCGGCCUGUAUAAACAGCUCUCUGCAGCUAUACACCGGCCUGUAUAAACAGCUCUCUGCAGCUAUACACGGGCCUGUAUAAACAGCUCUCUCCAGCUAUACACCAGCCUGUAUAAACAGCUCUCCAGCUAUACACGGGCCUGUAUAAACAGCUCUCUGCAGCUAUACACCGGCCUGUAUAAACAGCUCUCUGCAGCUAUACACCGGCCUGUAUAAACAGCUCUCUGCAGCUAUACACCGGCCUGUAUAAACAGCUCUCUCCAGCUAUACACCGGCCUGUAUAAACAGCUCUCCAGCUAUACACCGGCCUGUAUAAACAGCUCUCCAGCUAUACACCGGCCUGUAUAAACAGCUCUCUCCAGCUAUACACCGGUCUGUAUAAACAGCUCUCCAGCUAUACACGGGCCUGUAUAAACAGCUCUCCAGCUAUACACGGGCCUGUAUAAAUAGCUCUCUGCAGCUAUACACCUGUUUUGUCUGAUUUGUUUUGCUGUAUUUUUUGUUUUCAUAAUGAUGGGGGUGGGAAACCACUGGAUACAGAGUUUAAAUAAAGAUUGUAAUUUAAGUGA